CUGGCAUCUGAAAGCCUUGGCGCUGAAGCUCCGCGUAAGCAUCAUGAAGAAGUGACACAGGGCAGGUAAGGUUCUCCAUCAGAGUUCCAGCACGCCUCAGUGCUUGUUUUCCAAGGUGGGGCAGCUUAAAGUUGUUGUCACCUUGGUGCUGAAUCACAACAAGCAUAACGGCCUGGAGGGUGAGGAAGACGUCUACAAGCUUGUCUGAGCUCUGAGUUUCAAAGGCUUUAAAUCGACGCGAAGAACCCAGGAUCAAGGACGUUUAAGUCGGGAGACUGUUUGGAGGCUGCCAGGACACAGCAAACGUCCAUCCAUCGGUUGAGGCAAGGCGAAGAAGCAAUGCGUUCAGAAUACGAUGGGGUUUAGCGUUAUCGUGCUGAAGGAUGACGCGCUUAUUGGCCUUAGGAAACUUCGCCUUGAUCGCAGAAAUGACCUUGUUCAUGACGAAGAUACGCGACGGUUGCGUGAGUUUCGCGCUGCGGGUACUUGCUCCACGAAGAGUCAUAUCCCGAUUUUUCCGUCGAAGUCAGAGUCGCGCUCAAUAUCCCAUCGAGGACAUGCAACGGCGGAAGGAACAUGACUUUUGGGAGAAAUUGUUUGGACUUGCAACUGCGACGCCGAGGUAUUUCGCGUUUGGUGAGGUGCACGACGUCCCACAUAUUGGUAAACUCAAAGUCAUCGAGUUCGCCGGCUUGUCCCGUGGCCUGAGCGAGCAGGGACGGCGCAUAACGCUGGACAUGCGAGCUACAGAACCAAAUGCGUUGCAGCUUAUUGGCAUCUGUCAACAGUGGUUUUAAGCGUGAGGACUUGCGUUGGAGUCUUCCAGACUUCAAGCUUCGCGGCGAAGUUCCCAUUGAAAGCCCGCUUGCUUCUGACAUGUCCCGAAUCGUGACGCGUCCAGGUUUCCGCGAUUUCACAUUGCCGGUGGUCGUGAAAGCUUUCCAUACUUUGGAUACUGUAACUCUGUUCACGUUGAAAUGUGAAGCUGCAUAGCCGAAGGCGCCACGAGCCAACUUGCCAUUGACCAAGUUGUCCUGGAGGUACCGCACCACGGCUAUUUUCUCGGUCUCGCUAAGCUCGUGGCCAGUGCGGAUCACUGCUGUUUCCAUUGCAAGUCGAAAAUGGACAUUUUUUAAGAUUAAAAAAAAAGUUUCGUUGCCCC